GUUACAGGUUCCUGUUGUAUUGUAAAGUAAAAGGAAAACAUGGUUUGUGUUACAAUUUUUUAAAUCACACGUGAGUACUAAAUAUUGAAUAUGCAUAGCGCUCCGGUGGAUUUAUCCUUUAAAGCCAUCAGCAACUUGGCAGAUGCACUGUCAGAAGAACCCAGCAGUGGUCUGCGGCCUUUAAAGAGAAAUUCAGAAGGGAAGUUCCAAAGUGGCUCCCUGCGACUGAAUAACAAUAACAUUACAAAUCUUUAUGACCUCCAGAAGACCAUUAGCCACUUUCUGGCUGAACCGUCUCAAGUUGCCUGGCUGGAUCUUUCGUUUAACCGGAUCACCAACAUAGACAGGGUUUUGUGUGAACUGCCUCAACUGCGUGUGUUGUAUCUUCACGGCAACUGCAUUUUCACAUUAUCAGAGGUGGACAAGCUGGGGGUUCUUUCACAUCUACACACCAUCACUCUACAUGGAAAUAUCAUUGAAUCCAACAAGGCCUACAGGAAUCACGUCAUAUUUGCUCUGCCAGGAUUAAAGUCAAUGGACUUCAGUGUUGUUACCCCGCAGGAGCGACUCUUGGCACAAAUUUCUCACCGCAGUAGCAACUCAGGCAGAAGAAAUGUGAAGCGUCACUGACUGAUGUCAGAACAAGCUCUUCACCGACCUUGCAGGUGUCAGACCCGGACUAUCCCAGCACAUCCAAACUCCUCACCCCGGGGAUCCCUAAAUCUUCCUCCUCCAGCAACUGUAUCCCAUCCAGCUCCAGCUCCACAUCCAGUUCCACACCCGGCUCUCCAAAAGCAAACUUGGAUCCCCCACCAAACUCUCCCACCUCCUCCUCGUCUUUGUCCUCCUUUUCAUCCCCUUCCAGCUCCUCCACGUCCUCAUCUUCCUCCUCGUCUGACAACUGGGUCUGUGUUAGCGAUGAUCAAGAUAAAGUGAUCUUGAAGAGGGUCCCGAUUGUGGCUCACAAAAAGAUCUAUGCAACUGGCAGGAAACUCAUUCGGAGGCCUCAACUGAGGUGGGUGAGGAAGCUCAUGAAGGAAAGGAAUAAGCAGCGGAGACGAAAAAAAGUUGCAACAAAUCCAGAGUAUCAGCCUCCACAAUAAUGUUACACAUACAGCCCCAAAAUAUGUAUUUUUCCAUUUUAGGAGAUCUGCAAUACAUCAUAUUUUUCCACAUUUUGUUGUGCCUAUGUUAUGUUAAUUAGUUUAUUUUUUUUUUCAGCUUUUUACAGCUGACCAUACUGCAUUCUUUACAUUGAUUUUUUAAAGUUGUUGAUGAAAACUAAUUCAAGUUAAAAAAGCUUAAUCCUACAAAGAGACGAAUACAAGAAACAGCAGAAGAAAACAGCAAGAUGAGACUUACGUUACAGCCUCCCUAGACCAGGGGUCUCAAACACGCAGCCCGCGGGCCAAAUGUGGCCCGCAGGACACCAGUUUGAGGCCCCCGCUUUGAUAUGAAAGUUUAAUGUCAGUGCGGCCCGCACAAGUUUGAUAUGGAUGCUGUAUGGUAUC